UCAUUCAAGAUGAAUCAGAAUUGGUUAUUCAUAUUCCAUUUAUAAUUCUGCCUUUUUUGGUUUCUCGUUUGGAAGAAAAAUAAUUUGUUUGUCAUUGGUGCAAUGUGCAAUUCUUAACUUGAUGUUUGAAAUUCCUAGUUACAAAUAUCUUAAACUCGAGACAACUGUUAGAUUGCUCGUUCUCUGUUUCCAUGUCAAUUUGUUUUUGACAGAAUUCUUCUGUUUGGACUUUCUUAGGUCAGUGGAUCCAAAUUUUACUACCUGAAAAAUGAAGCCGUCCUGCUAGAAAUGGCUCUUAUUAACUGGACUCUCUCUGAAGUUACAAAAAGAGGUUUUAUCCCUUUGACAACCCCGGAAAUUGUGAGGGCUCCUGUUCUUGAAAAAUGUGGGUUUCAACCUCGGGCAGAGAAUACACAGGUUUAUACUAUUGCAGGUUCUGAUCAGUGCCUCAUUGGCACUGCUGAAAUACCGAUCGGAGGACUUCAUAUGGAUUCAAUUCUUUCGGAAUCAUCAUUACCGUUGAAGUAUGUUGCUUAUUCACAUUGCUUCCGAACUGAGGCCGGGGCUGCUGGUGCAGCAACAAGAGGCCUUUACCGAGUGCAUCAAUUUAGCAAGAUUGAAAUGUUCAUACUGUGUAAACCAGAGGACAGUGAUAAAUAUCUUGAAGAGCUAAUAGGAAUCGAAGAUCAUCUCUUUUCAUCCUUGGGUUUACACUACAAAAUCCUGGAUAUGGCAUCUUCAGAUCUAGGUGCUCCUGCUUUCCGUAAAUUUGAUGUGGAAGCAUGGAUGCCGGGAUUGGGACGUUAUGGUGAGAUUUCAAGUGCUUCAAACUGUACGGACUACCAAAGUCGGCGCUUAGGGAUCCGAUACCGUCCAGAAUCGGCGUCUGUGAAUCAGAAGAAAUCUAAGAAUGCUCCAACGCAGUAUGUACACACACUAAAUGCAACAGCAUGUGCAGUACCACGCAUGAUUGUGUGUUUACUGGAGAAUUACCAACAAGAAGAUGGCUCUGUUCUUAUUCCUGAGCCAUUGAGACCCUUCAUGGGGGGGAUUGAUCACAUAGCUUAUAAAUUUCGAUAGGAGUACGAGCAUACUUUUUCUUGAGAAAAUACUUCUUUUGAAGUUAUCAAGUUAGUUUAUUUUUCGAUUUAUGAAUGAUAUAUAUUUGCUAUUUUUUAUCUUGAUACGGUUUGCAAUGAAAUAAUAUUUGUCAUAGUUCAAAGAUGUCUUAUUAGCCACUUUUGGUUA